AUGGCGCAGGAAGUGGUGGAGGGGUUCAAGUUCGAACAGAGGCACGGGAAAGAGCGCGUCAGAGUUGCGCGCGUCUGGAAGACGCAGCAGGGUCACCACUUCGUUGUGGAGUGGCGCGUGGGAAUCACGCUAUUCUCUGAUUGUGUCAACUCGUAUCUCCGCGAUGAUAACUCUGACAUAGUUGCAACUGAUACCAUGAAAAACACAGUGUAUGCAAAAGCAAAGGAAUGCUCGGACAUACUUUCUGUCGAGGACUUUGCUAUUCUACUUGCCAAGCACUUUGUAUCAUUUUACAAGAAGGUUACUGGUGCUAUUGUGAAUAUCGUGGAAAAACCAUGGGAGCGUGUCAUUGUGGAUGGUCAACCACAUGAACAUGGUUUCAAACUUGGGUCUGAGAAGCAUACCACAGAGGCAAUAGUACAGAAGUCCGGUUCACUACAAUUGACUUCUGGUAUUGAAGGAUUGUCAGUGUUGAAGACAACCCAGUCUGGUUUUGAGAAAUUCAUAAGAGACAAGUACACAGCACUUCCUGAUACCCGUGAAAGGAUGUUGGCAACAGAAGUAACUGCUCUGUGGAGGUAUUCGUACGAAUCACUGUACACCCUUCCUCAGAAGCCACUUUACUUUACAGACAAGUAUCUGGAAGUUAAAAAAGUUCUGGCUGACACUUUUUUUGGUCCACCAAAUCGGGGAGUCUACAGCCCAUCUGUUCAAAACACACUCUACCUAAUGGCAAAGGCCACACUGAACAGAUUUCCUGACAUAGCUUAUGUCAAUCUAAAGAUGCCAAAUCUUCAUUUCUUACCAGUCAACAUCUCAAACAAGGAUGGUCCAAUUGUGAAGUUUGAGGAUGAUGUGUACUUACCAACGGAUGAGCCACAUGGCUCAAUCCAAGCAAGCUUGAGCCGGCUUUGGUCAAAGCUGUAG